AUGAAUGUAAAAUCGCUCAUUUGCAGGCAUUCCACAACCGCGUUGAUGUGUGAACCGAUAUUCACCGGGAAUAGUGGCACGGCCAAAUGGUACCGCGACGGAAUUGAAGUUGCCAAUGUGACAAGUUCGUCAAAUGCUGUCCUCCUUAAUCGAUCCUAUCACUCGGAACAACCCGUUCCAGACGUCGGCUUCUUAAUUAUCACCAACAUUUCAAUGGGUGACCAAGGAGAGUACUGGUGCAGACGCGAUGAUACGGGUCAAAUCAGCGAGUCGGUUCGGCUGGUGAUCGCCUACGUUGAUCAGUUCCCCAGCGACAGUAGACCUGUAUUCAAGCCGGCUCGACCUAGUUUAGGUGAACGCGUGAUCGCCCAUUGUCCACCUACUCGAGCCAUACCCUCACCAACGGUCACAUGGAUUUUGGUAAAGAAUUUUUUGUUUUGGCUAGAUGAUGAUGUUCUAUGA